ACAAGCUGCAUAGUAUGGUUGAACAUAUCGGCUCGCAGGUCAAUGUGCCUGGAACAAGAGGCAAGGGUAUACUAAGGUAUCACGGUCUGAUCCAUGGUAAAACCGGAAUAUUUGCGGGAAUAGAGCUUCUUGGGCCCAUUGCCCUUACCCGGGGUAAAAACAGCGGUGACGUCGAGGGGUUCAAGUACUUUGAGGUCCAACUGCCCAUGUCUGGGUUGUUUCUACCGUUUGAGAGGCUUAAAGCUGUCAAUCCACAAAUAGACCAUACAAGAGAUAUGAUCAAUGAGGCCACGCUCAACUUCAACAACGAUACUUUGGAUGAUGAAAUACCCACGUUCUCCGGAUUGAGCUCGCCCAACUACCUGUUGCAACCGAUCUUGAAACAAUACGAGAGCGAGCUAGACGAACGAGAUCGAAAGAUAUCAAAGAUCAGAAACGAAUUCGAGAGCGCAAGAGAAGACUGGAGACAGAACUUGGAUAUCAUGGUCAACACUUACGAGGCCAACGAGGCCUAUUACGAGACCAAGAUCAGAGAGUUACAAUCCAAAGAGAUCAAGGCCUUGCAGCAACAGCUUGACAAAACCAAUUCUACCAAACUUUUGUGUGAAAGAGAAAAUACUAUAAAAGAACUCGAACAAAAACUAGGCGAAUCGCUCUCGAAAGAGUUGGAUUCCUUAAACAUUAAUGACGCGGCCGCGAUGAACGAAAUGACUUUCCGAGAAGAAGUAGAGCAGUUAAGGUUGCAACUCGAUGCUAGGCCCACCAUCGAAGAGUUGACCGAACUUCAAGACAACAUUGACGAGAUGGUCAGGUUGCAUAAUAACGAGGUGUUCUUCAAACAAGAAGAGCUCCAACGAGUAACGAACGAAAACUCCAAACUCCAGGUGCGUUUGGAGCGGGCUUUGGAAGGUUCUAUUAUCACCAACCGAAUUAGCGAUAAUACCAGCCAUGACAGUAUGACAAUUAACUCAUUACCCAUAUACAAGCCAGAAAAUGACACUGAUCCAAGCACCGGUAAGGACAAUUGGUGUGGCCUCUGUGAGCGUGAUGGUCACAAUAGUCUCAAUUGCCCCUAUGAGAAUGAUAUCUUCUAAUUUACUUGUACUUAUAUAAUAGUGAUUUAGUGCAACUAACGAAAAAUUAAGUAAA